UAAAGUGACAGUGAAGUGUGAACCAAAGUGAAGUUUUCAGUUUCUAUUCGUUCUUGCCAAGUUUUUCGGUUUUUUUUUCCAGUUUUUUCGUAUUUGAUCGCAUUAUUUUGAUCGUGACGUUUAUUCACCAAUCAUGUUUCAGUCAAAUCAUGCUCUCUGUCCUAGAAUAUCAAGUUUUCCAAGUUGACAGCAGGAACUCAGGAACUACUGCUAGCUAGCCUUUAAAAAUACUUACUUAUUAGAUGAACAAAGGAUUGAUCAGAAAUUUAUAGCAACAGCAUGACAGAAGGAAGCUCAACAGAAAUGGGUCUUUGCACUUGGAUGUCCGACUUACCAGACGAACUUCUAGAGUUUCCUGUCAUUUGCCUUGCGAUACCGGGUUCCCAUGAUUCCAUGUCUUACACCAUAAAACGAGGUGCCCGUCUUGCGCCUGACUGUUUGCCCAUUUUGUAUCGCUUAAGCCCUUAUCUUGGCCCAAUUGUUCGCAGACUGUCCUACAAUUGGUGUAUCACCCAGCAUGCAACAGCCUCUGUUCAACUUCUCAAUGGUAUCAGGUAUUUUGAUCUACGUGUAUCGAAGAAGAAUGAUGCCGAUGGAUUUUACUUUGUGCAUAGUUCUUAUGGUGCUAAAAUUAAUGAAGAGCUCAAGACCAUCAAUGUAUUUCUGGAAGAUUUCCGCCAUGAAAUAGUCAUCUUGGACUUUCAACACAUUUACAACUUCAAAGAUAAAGAUCAUAUUGAACUGAUUUCUUUCCUUCACGCUACAUUUUCUUCAAAAAUUUGUGUAAUUCCAUCGAGUCUUUCAUCUGUGACACUUCGAUGGAUGAGGUCCCACAACUACCAGGUAAUACUUAUUUACAGAAACGAAAUAGUGAAAAAUUUGUCAUCUUUCUGGCCGCUUGGUUGCUGGCCAACGCCAUGGCCUGAUACAACCUCAAUCAAAUCUAUGCUCAACUUUCUAACAAAAGGUCUCACAAAUCGUCCUCAUGGCAAAGGGUAUGUAACUCAGUGCGUUUUGACACCAGACGUAAAAUACAUUAUCUCCCACCUCUACUCCACUUUAAAAAAAUCUUGUGUUAAUCGUUGCAAUCAUGCUGCUAUUCCUUGGAUAUUGGAGCAGAAAAUUAGUAAUUGUUAUGGUAUUAAUGUCGUGAUAGCGGAUUUUAUAGACCAGGAAAAUGGUGCCUUUCCAGAAAGUGUGAUAUCAUUAAAUUACAAGUCAGUUGGAAUGAAUCGUAGCAACGUAACCCAAGACAUCAUCAAGAAUAGAAGUAGUAUCCCUGUUGGUAAUGUUAAGACAGCAACAAAAGGGUAAGAAAAACCUCUGGGUUAUUUUAAAUUAUUAUUUUUUUAACUCCAAAAGUGAUUUUUGCUCUCUGAAAUCUUACCAUUGCAACGCUGGUGAAAUUUAUACCUUAAAUAUAUUUUCCAUUAUCAUUAUCAUUAGAGAAGUAAGAGAAGUCAUGCUCUUGAAUUUUAUCUCUAGUACAAUUAGUAUUAAAUCUACAGUGAUUUUCAACUUGCUUCAAUCCAGUAAGUAUCAAGUCUAUCGUCACUCUGAAACCUUGAGAAGAAUAAUUAGGCUUAGUGGGUGUUCGAUUCCUAUUGUAGAAAAAAAUUAAAAACUUGACUCAAUUAGGAAAAAUGAAUACAUACUACUUAUGCUUGAACUAAGCACCAUAUAACUCUUUGCUUCAUAGGUAACCAUUGUGAUAAAUCUACUUAAUUACCCUGUUCCGUACAGUAGGUGGUCUACCGGAAAAUGUCUACAAAGUGAAUGCCUACCCGUUUUUAGGUUACUUUUAGGCUAAUUACCAUACUCAUCUGUCUUCUUCUAAAAACAUUGAGCACUUCUAUGAGAGUUGCUCAAGAUAUGAACUCUGAUAGAUUCAUCAAUACUAAAAAUUCGGAGAAAAUUCCUGACAUUAAGUUAGAUUGGGUUUGAAUUUCUUUUGGGUUAUCAUUCUUUAUGUUGGUGAAGCAUUUUCACCAGGAACUUCUCUAGUCCGUACAUGAGUCAUUGGUGGACAAAACUAUUGAUCAAAUUGGCAAGACACUCAAGUCAACAUAUUGUUAGGUUAAUUCGCGUAUCUUUAGGUAUUCUGAGAGCUAAAGUAUAUUCGGAUUUUAUUCAUAAGUUGCGGUUUUUCACGAGACCUAAGAAUUCAAGAAGUCAUAGGAAUUGGAUUUCAUACCUUCUCACUCGCUUCUUCAAUACAUAUCAGCUAUGCAAUAACCCAGUGCAGAUCAGCUAAUAGAAGUACACACACAGUGCUAAGAGCUGGCAAUUGCUUGCUAUUGUUUUGUUUUUUUUUGUUCUUUUUUUUUUUGGUCAGUGCUAUGAGAAAGUGUUUUUCAAUGUAGUUUUUCCGUCAAUGGAAGAGUGCCCAAAUUUUAGUCGUGUAAUGAGACAUUAUCUAUUUAUACAACUUGCCUGAUGAAGAAAACAAGAGCCGAGGAAAUGCUCUCAAUGAAUAAUCUCAACCGGAAGAAUCAAUUGACAAUCAAUUUUAAGUAAAUUCUCUUGUGAUAAAAAUUCAGCCUUGUGAAAAGUGAUGGAAAUGAAUCACAAGCUCAAUAGUUGCCUUUGCAGCCGCUUAUCACAAUGAAAAAUCUACAAAAGAAGGAAUGAAACUCAAUAAUGUUCAAGUUUGUUGCAGUGUUAUGAAGUUGGACGAAAUACUCUUGCUUGUCAGUACCAUUUCAUUCAUUGAAAGAAAAACUUUGCCUCUCAUGUGUAAAACAUAAUUUAUAAAGAACUUAAGUACCUAUUUUGAUGGAAAAUUAACUUGAACAAAUUUAUAUAAUGUCUCUGCGGUAGCCCUCUAAUUUUUAGUAUGCUGUUUCAAGUGCCUGAUAUGUUUGAUACGGAAGUAUUAGUCUAAUUUUUAAGCGUAAUUUUUCUCACGGUAGAAAAUCUAACUGGAUGUUUAAGUGAUUAUGUGAUCAAUUUAUAGUAUUUCCAAAGACAAAUCUCUAAUCAUUGAAUUUUUUUGCAUUCAUGAUGUUUGAAAUUUACCUGAGCCUUUCUACUGUUCCAUCAUGCUGUUUUCAAGCAAAUUAUAUUUUGUACCUAAUAACAAAGAAAUAUUUUUGACUAAUGUGGGUUGGUUUCUCUAAUCAACACCCUUACCUUGUUAUCAAAAAACAAUACUUCUUAUUUUUGUAAAAUGAGGUGUACUUUCCAAUAUACUUAAUUGUGAAAAGUUCGGCCACUACCCUACAGUUUUGAUCAGAAGGGUAUUAAGUUCUUUAAGAAACAACAAGAAGGAUGAGGAGGGUGAAAAAUCAUCCAUUUUUCCAGUAAUCAGUAUUUUUGUGUAAAGUUUGUAUUUCAGCCCAAGAAUAUUUAGCAGUUCCUAAUCCAUCUCCACCUUUUUGGUGACUGCAAAGUUUGAUAUCCAAUAACAAGAUUUUUUGAACUUACUACUCAAGCGGAUAAUACCACUCAAUUACUUUAAGCAAUUUUUAUUCCUUACUCAUUUUUUUUGGUGCAGGCUACUUAAUGAUUUGAGUCUAUUGACAGUUGUCAUUUACUUCUACUAUAUUUUAUUUCUUAAAAAUUCAAUUGUAUUUUAUUUUAAUUUUACUGAGGUUACCAAACCACGUUACUUUUACAUUCUAUCAGUUUUAUUGCUUUAUUUUUUAUUUUUACAUUCAUUUAUUCCUCCUUUAUAUUUUUAACGGUUGUUUGUUCUUGUAUUUUCUCAAAAUUUAUUUUGGCUUAAAAGCAAAUGUCAUCUUUUACUGAAAACUGUGAUUAUUUUCUUUACUACUUUACUUUUUGAUUAUACUCCAUUAUUGAGAUAAAAAAACGAUAAAUAUUUGUUGACCACCAAUUCUCGAAGUCUGUAAUUCUUAUCCUUUAAAAUUCUGAAAUUUUUGUCUAAAUUUCUUAUUUUUCUCUAAACAAUGAAACCAACUUUCUCCUACUUAACAUAAAAAACUGUUACCCUCUAUAACAGCAUCUAUUUUAUAUAUAUAUUUUAAAAUUAUGUUUUAAUAAAUCAAUCGCUCUUCAA